GAAAUAAUGAAGCAAGUAAGAUUUUAAUUUAUCCCAUGCUAAAUAUGCGGACCAGAGAAAUAUGUCAUAAUUGUAUAAAAUGCAGUUUAUGUAUAAAUUACUUUGCUCAUACUGUAAAUGACUUUAAAACUAAAAAUACUGCUAAUAAUUAUAACUUAUUGGUCCAUAAUGAUAAUACAAGCGGUGGCUGCGUUUUUCAAGUAUAAGAUAGUUAGCAGCAUCAUAAUUUUAGCAUGUGGGAAUGAGUUUGAGCAAAUGCGCCUCGUGCGGCAGUUAUCACUUCAAGGCAUGCGAGCUACUGUGUCAUGUGAUCCUAGCAUUCUGAAUGUCAACCAUAAAAGUCUGCAAGGCGUCUUGUAUAUCAGCCGGCCUAAUGAUACUUUACUGGAUAAGACUAGCCGAAAUCACUUCUCAAUGAGAUUCAAAUGGCUGUUAAUAGGAGAUGAGGUCCCUCCUCGUUUCAACUAUUCGAUACGAUAUGAUGCUGACAUAACAUUCUUCGAUUCUCAGCAGGGAGUGACUCAAACUAUCGACGCGACCAACGACACGUCAGUGGCAUAUCACGAGUCUGUUUUCUUCGAGGACCUAUACAUCCAUUGCCGAGAUGGUGUGUCCCGGCACCCUUGGGCGGUCUGGUCCACUGCUGGUUUCCGGCCGAUGUUUGAGCUUGAACGUAUCAGGCGACGCCAUAAUCUGAAGCAGUACCCUAUGAGGAUUGCUACGCCGGUGGGUCACUACGAUGACUCGUACGCGGGCACGUUUGCGGAUUACCUUGUGGAUAACGCAUCGCCGGGCCAAGACUCUGCCAUCCGAUGCAGCUACGGGACUGCCUCGCUCAUCCUAGAGUGGCUUCAGGCUAAAGAAGUUAUAGAAGAGAUGGAACAGUGGGGCCACGAUGCUGGCAACAAAAGUAUGUUCACAAGAGUUGCUCAAGGCACAUCGGAGAUCGGCGGUGCUAUUCUCAGGAUUCAGAACCAACGGCUGACUAAACUUGACUACGUUAUACCCUUAUGGCCUUUCAAGGUGGGUUUCACAUACGUAGGAGAGCGAGAGAGCAGCAGUAACAUGUUCGUGAUCCCUUUCACUGGUGCAACAUGGGCGGCGUGCGCGGUGGUUACAAUAAUCCUUGCGCUGGCGCAGCGGGCGACGGCGAAGGAACAUGCGGAGAAGGAGGGCGCACUUGUCGCUGUCAUAGCCACGUUACUCCAGCAAGAUGCCAGCGCAGUCCCGGAGGGUGCCUCCGGUCGCAUAACCUUCUUGGUCCUCUCCGUAUGCUCGAUGCUGAUGUACGCGUAUUACUCGUCAGCCAUCGUAUCCGCCCUCAUGAGCGCAGGCAGCAGCGGUCCGACGACCCUUAGGGCGCUGGGUGACUCCCGCUACCGCAUCGCGUCAGAAGACUACGAAUGGCAACGGCAUCAAAUGUUUGAUAAAUUCAUUCCGGAUUGGCCUGAACUGGAGUAUCUAAAGCGCAAAAAGCUGCAGUCUAUGACCAACUUUUAUAUGGACUGGCAGGCGGGUAUGCAGCUGGUUAAGUCCGGUACCACGGCUUACCACGCGGAGUAUAACCACAUGUAUCCGCUCAUGAGCGUUCUUAGCGACGACCAGUUGUGCAAGCUGCAGUAUGUGCACACCGUUCCUCCUGUUAUGAGCUGGGUGGUAACAACAAAACGUGGCCAGUGGACCAACGUACUCCGCAUUGGAGGUGACUGGCUUCACGAGACAGGGCUGGCCACAAGAAUGUUGUCCCGUUGGCAAGUCAAACCCCCUCCUUGCCGAGCGGCGUUACUCGCUGAGAGAGUUAGCUACGGCGAUGUGGCAUCCCUGAUUGUACUUACAGUUGUUGGAUUUGUAGCAUCCUUUGCGGUUUUGUUUGUUGAAAGGGCUGUUGCUAAAUCGCAGUCCAAGAAGAAAAAUAAGGGCGACGAUAAAAGUCAAGAAGAAACUGUCGAUGGAAUCAUAUAAUUAUGACAGUGUGUGGUACAAAUUUAGUAGAACACAAUGUUGACCCAGUAGAGUAAAUAACAAAGUGCUUUACUUAAUAUUAUAAUCGUGUACUUAAUAUUCUUAGGUAUAGAGAAAGAUGCAGCUAUUGUAAUAGUCACAGUAUGCAACAAAACGUUUAAAAUAUCAUAUAACCACUUGAUUUUUUAGAAUAAAUAAUUUUCGUAUUUAGCGCGUCAAGGGGUGGGAAUGGUGGGAUACACUAAACAUAUUAUAUUUACAUAUAAAUUGUAUGCACAUGGACACUGAUAAUAAAGUUUACGAGUAAGUGUAUUCAUAUAAUAAUCAAUAUUCCGCUCCUACGAUGUUUAAAUUUUGAACCUUUAUUAGUGAUGGAAAUAGCUCCCUUGACUUUAUGAUGCUAUGUAACUUUUUAACAGUUAUUCUUAUGCAAUUGACAUCUAAGUACUUAGUACUUCUGCCGUAUUUUGCCUUCUCAUUUCGAACCUACAGUUAUCAAUCCUUACAUAACCAUACGUGCGACAGGCUCCAUCACCGAAUCUUAAUUAUUAUCAAAUC